UUAUAAAAAUUAUUUUAAAGGGCCUAAAUAUAGAUAUAAGUCUAAAGUAUAUUAAUAAGACUAAAUACUAUAUUUUCUUAUAUAAUAACUUUUAA